AUGCUUCCAACCACACUACUAGCUCUGACAGCGAGCUUCAUCGCGCCCAUUCUCGCGGCCCCAUCAUGCACGCCAACAUCAAACGGGUACGCUGCCCAGAAGAUGGUGUACCUCUUCAACGAUUUCUGCGAGAAGCUCACCCGGAGCAAUUUCGGCACCAGGCAGAAGUACUAUGACAUGCCUGUCGUGGCAUUGGGCUUUACUGCUGGAUCCGUAGGGGAUUGCUCGUUGAAGGACUGCUUGACGAGUUUCGGCUUGUUGGUGGAUACUUGCCAGAAACCCGACAAGUCCAUCUUCGGAACAGGCAACGUCGCAAGCAGCUGCGGAACCUACAGCUUCGAAGUCCAAGAUACAUCCGUGACGACCAGCCUUGGUGCGCCAGAUGCAACCAUCAUUGCCGCCACAAUCAAGACUUACAACGUCGCUACUCUAACUUCCAGCAGCGCAUCCUCCACCUCUUCGUCCUCUCCAAGCUCCUACCAAGCGUCUACCACUAGCGAAGCCCAACUGGAAUCUACUUAUGCGCCAUCCACACAUGUGUACUUUAAUGCUACGACUAGCUCCGAGGUCGCGAGCAACUCGAGUACCGAGUAUUCGAGCGCUACGCUGACGGCUCCUUCGAGCUCAAAUUUGGCCGCUGCUAGCUCGACAGCUACGAAGCCCGAGGUCGGGACUGCAACUCUGGGGACGAGUGGUGCCAAUGUCAUGAGGGUUAGUGGGUUGAGUUUGGUGGUUGUUGCUGGUGUGUUUGGUGUUUUCUUGUAG